GGGGGAUUUCCUGGGCGGAAGCUGUGAGGGGGUUUCCAGUGUGAUCAUACCAGUCGCACACACACAUAGACCAGAGAGCUAGAAUCACGGACCUGGACCUGGACCCGGACCCGGAUCAUGAGGACUUUACUGGAGGCCUGGAGGUUUGGAGGACGCCGCACCGGCGGCUCGACGGUUUGAACCCCGGAGACAGAGCGUGCCGAUCCGCGGAGCUGCUGACAGUAAGACCGAGGACUAGAUUCAUGUCAUGUCAGCGGGGAGGAGUUCUGACGGGAGGGAGGUGCAGAUUCCACUCCAGCAGGUGGCGCCCUCCCUGGCUGCGUCUCUCUCUGUGGCUCCUCCCAUCACCCCCCCCUCUCACCGCCCGGCCAAUGUGUGGCCCCUCAGUGACCCUGUCGCUCCACAAGGUUUUCUGCCUCUUCAUGGAGGAUUUCGAGAUCACUUUGUAGAGAGUCCAGAAGCUAAGUACUGCUGCGAGGUGUGUCGCCUGGUUCUGUGUCAGCCGCGACAGACGGAGUGUGGACAUCGCUUCUGUCAGAGCUGCAUCAACAACAUCCUCAGUCAGCCAAACCCAGUGUGUCCAGCUGACAUGGAGCCGCUGUUUAAAGACAAGAUCUUCAGGGACGUGUGCUGUCACAGGGAGAUCAUGUCUCUGAAGGUCUACUGUCGCAGUGAAGCUCACGGCUGUCAGGAACACAUGAGUCUGCAGCAGAUACCUGAACACCUGAACGUCUGUCCCUUCUUUGAGGUCCCCUGUCCUCUGGGAAAAUGUAAAGAGCGAAUGAUGAGGAAGGAAAUCCCUGAUCACCUGAGCUGGAAAUGUAAACACAGAGAGAGCAGCUGUGAGUUCUGCGCCACCAAGAUGCCACUGACAGAACUGCAGAAACACAAAGACACCGUGUGUCCAGCAUUCCCGGUCUCCUGUCCAAACCACUGCUCGUUCUCCUCGUUGCCCCGGAGUGAGCUCUCCAGUCACCAGCAUGACUGUCCCAAAGCUCAAGUGAGUUGCCAGUUCCACCGUUACGGCUGCGUCUUCAAGGGUUUGAACCAGGAAAUGAGGCAACAUGAGUCCACGUCUGCAGCCGAGCACUUGAGAAUGAUGGCCAACAGGAGUUUGGUGCUGGAGAACAAGGUGGAGGAUGUGAAAGGAGAGCUGUCAGAGCGAUACAAGGUGCUGCCUGCGCUCAGCAGCCGUCUGUCUGAACUGGAAAAACACAACGACGAGCUGAGAGACAAGAAUCGUCAGAUGGAGCAAAAGCUGGCGACGAUGCAGAAACUGAUGAGUUCUCACUCUGAGAAGCUCCUGGAGGUGGAGCUGGAGCUUCACUCUCUCCGUCUGCUCAGAGACGAGGUGGACAACCUCAGAGGAACUCUGGACAAUGUCCGCACCAGGCUGAACGCUCUGGAACAAGGGGGACGCAGUGGAACAGGAUCCACAACACACCCUCUGGCGCCCCUGGAGACGCAGCUGAAUCGCCAUGACGACAUGCUGAGUGUCCAUGAGAUCCGUCUGGCAGACAUGGACCUGCGCUUCCAGGUGCUGGAGACGGCGAGCUACAACGGGACUCUGAUCUGGAAGAUCCGCGACUACAAGAGACGGAAACAGGAAGCGGUGGCAGGAAAGACGCUGUCGCUGUAUUCACAGCCGUUUUACACCGGAUACUUCGGAUAUAAGAUGUGUGCUCGAGUUUACCUGAACGGGGACGGCAUGGGCAAAGGGACACACCUGUCUCUGUUCUUUGUGGUGAUGAGGGGCGAGUACGACGCCCUGCUGCCCUGGCCGUUCAAACAGAAGGUGACUCUGAUGCUGAUGGACCAGGGCCCGUCCAGGAAACACCUGGGCGACGCCUUCAAACCAGAUCCAAGCAGCAGCAGUUUCAGGCGUCCCGCCGCAGAGAUGAACAUCGCGUCUGGUUGUCCACUGUUUGUCUCACAGAGCGUCCUGGAGACAGGCAGCUACAUCAAAGACGACACCAUCUUCAUCAAGGUUACCGUGGAUACCUCUGACCUUCCUGACCCGUGAGCUUGUGACCUCAGUGGUCUAAGAUCAGCUGACCUGUCCAUGUUCAGCAGAGCAGAGGAUGAUGGGAAGGAUCUGCGAAGGUCCACCUCAGAGGAAGUGGCCAAUCAGAGACCCCCGUACAGACCAGAGGACGGGUCUUCCUGUGAUUGGCUGGUAGCCUGCAGAACUGAUUUAUGUGUUUGAAUGGAUGAGUGUUGCUAUGACGUCACCAUGGUGACAUCACUCAGAGCCAACAUGGCCGCCCGCUGCAGUCAGGACAGUGCUGCUGCUCGUUAUCGAUGCCAUGCAUCGACUUUUACUUCCUGUUUAUUAACUGGUUACCAAGGCAACCGAGGAAAUUCACCUCACCCGCAGAGAAGCACUGAAGACCAGCACCAGAGACCAGUAGAGACUAGUAUGGGUCAGUAGAGUCCGGUCAGCUGCUCCUCUGUGGUCUCUGUGAGUUUCUUCACCAAUUCAUUUGCACAGUUUUCAAGUUUUUGUUUGUUAAUGUGUGAAAAUAAAAUGAAAACAUGAA